AUGAAUCUUACCAAAGGUGCGAGCGACGCUCAUGAUAAUGGCACCAACAGCCACUGGCAAUUGUACCUGCCGUAUCUCUCUGCAUUGGUAGCACUUGCUCUUGCCAGUAACAUAUUCUGGAACUACCACCGGCUGAGUUCCUUUCGCGGUUCCUCCCGGGCUGCGGUAUCGAGCCUACCCCAUCGCCUGGCCAUGCUCCGCGGCGAAAGCCACUUGUUCUAUGCGGAAGCAAACAAUAAGUAUGGUCCGAUCGCGCGGGUGGCUCCCAACAUCCUCACAACCUCGUCGCCGGAGGUCUGGGCGCACGUCAAUAACACGGCUGGAUACAAGCGCUCUGAUUGGUAUUACAACGCCGUCCGUAUUGAACAUCGCAGAGACAAUGUUUUUAGUCAGACCGACAAUGCGAAGCAUGACAUGAGGAGGAAGCAGAUGGCGCCCGGGUAUUCUGGCCGAGAGAAUGCCCAUCUUGAAGACUCGAUCGAUGAGUGCCUGGACCAGUUUCUGAAGCUCCUGCGAACGAGAUACAUAUCGUCCGACGAAAAGACCAUGCCGAUCGACAUGGGGCGCAAGGUUCAGUUCUUCACGCUGGAUGUCAUUAGCAAGAUUGGCCUCGGCACGGCUUUUGGUAUGUUGCAAGCCGACAAGGACGUCGACAAUUAUCUACAGUCGAGCGAGGAGGGACUGUCCAUCGGCAACACGGCGCUGGCCCUGGGCUUCAGCUGGUUGACCCAUGUGCCUUGGCUAGGCCAGUUCAUCGCGCCGUCGCCAAAUGACGGCAGCGGCUUCGGCAAGAUGAUGGCCACCUGCUUCCGGCUCGUCGACGAGCGCGUCGCCAAGCCCGCGGACGAGCGCUCCGACAUGCUGGCCUCGUUCAUCCGGCACGGCCUCGCCGGCCACGAGCUGCGGACGGAGGCGCUGGAGCAGAUCAUUGCCGGGUCCGACACGACCGCCACGGCCAUCCGCGCGACACUGCUCUACGUCAUGACCAAUCCGCGGGUGUGUCGCAAGCUUCAAGAGGAGGCCGACGACGCCGUGCGCAGCCAGCUCGUCCCAGGCCAGGCCGCCGGCCUCAUAACGGCGGCGCAGGCCAGAAAGCUGAGGUAUCUGCAAGCUGUGAUCCGAGAGGCGACGCGUCUGAGCCCGCCCGUUGCCAACAUCUUCUCUCGCGAUGUUCCGCCGGGCGGUGAUACGGUCAUCGUUGAUGGCCAGGCACACUUCAUACCGGGCGGCACCUGCAUUGGCUACUCUGCGUAUGCGAUGCAUCGUAGCCGAGACAUAUACGGAGCAGAUGCGGAUGUGUUUCGCCCAGAGCGUUGGCUGGAAACCGACGAGGAGAAGCUUCGCGUAAUGACGUUUACGAAUGAACUCGUUUUUGGUCACGGCAAGUUUCGUUGCCUGGGACAAAAGGUCGCGCAGAUGGAGAUUAGUAAACUUAUCUUCGAGACUUUCCGACAACUCGACCUGGCGAUAAUCAACCCUACGCAGCCCUGGACGAGCCACAACUGCCUUGGCUUGUUCCAAAUUUCCAACAUGUGGGUUCAAGUGACGGAGCGAAAGGAGCUGUUUUGA